UUUGUUAUAAAUUUUUCAAAAUUGAUAUAGCAGACAAAUUUUUGAUGUUUAUACGAGGGGGCUAAUACCAGAAACUGUGAUCGAUGAUCUGAUUAAAAUAAUGAGACAAUUAUUAUUAUUGUUUCAAUUAAAGAGAGUCGUGAUCAUUUUACCCGCAAAAAUGCUGAAUUCUAGGUUUUUUGUUUUUAUAUUGGUGUUAGUUUUUGUGACCGCAAACAACGCUCCAAACUUAUGCUACAGAUGUUUCGGCAGUAACUGGUGCAACAAUUUCACUGAUCCAGAUUUUAUAAGUAACGUCCAUCUCAUCGACUGUCCUGCUUCUUCUACUAAGACUUCUGAGUAUGACGGUAAUAAUACUGCAAUUGCCAGAGCAUUGAAAAACCUUGAAAAAGCUUCUGAUCGAGUUACAAAUUCUACUUGGGGAUGUGUAACUGCAACUUUACAUGAAGCUCAUGAAAUCCACACCAUUAGGACUUGCCUGAAUAACGCAGCCACAAUAUGUCCAACAGUGCAAAGCGUAAUCCUUAAUCCAGGCUUGAACGAUAUUGGACCAGAAGUUUAUAUGGAUUGUGAAGGGUGCACGGGUUUCUUAUGUAAUAAUCAAACUUAUAUUGAACCAGAAAAAGAAACAACUUCAACUACAACUUCAUCAUCAACAACAACAACAACAACAACAACAACAACAACAACUACAACAUUACCACCACCUUCAACAAGUGACAAUUCUAGUCUAGAAGAAGGCAAUCCUAGUACUGAAGCACCUCCAACUCCUGGGACAGCAAACGUAAUUUUCGUGUCUUUUGUAGCAUUAGUUUUCAGUAUUUUUGCUAAUGUGUUGUAA